GUAUUCCGGAGCGUAUCUUUAAGUCAUGCUCUAUCUUCUUUCAGCAACUGACAUUGAUGCAAGCGCUUGUCUGUGCAUAUGGCCCGUGGAACGGCCCUGUUCAUUUCCGUCUUCGGCGAUGGACUGAAUCCCUUCACCUACGGCCCCCCAACUGCUUCCUGCUCUUCACCCAUCGCUCGACUCUCACUCCCCCCAUCUUCUGGGUGUUCUUCCUGCUUUCUAUCCUUGAAAGUUUCGCGCGGAUCAGUUAUAGCAACAGAACAUAACGCGAGGAUGGGCGCGGGAGGACGGGCGAGCGCGAAUGCGCGUAUCCCAGGUGCGUGGCUACGCUAUACUCCACGGCGAGUACUAACUUACAAUACAGGACUACUAUAGCAAACAAAAGGGAUAGCGCGGUCAAGGCUUCGCAGUCGCAAUGUUGUGGAAGAAGCGUGGGG